AUAUUGUUCAGGUCUCCUAGCCUUCUGUAUCAGACUGCAAUUUUUUUUUUUAAUUGAAGACUAUUUAAAAUGAACUCAGCUGUAACUUUGUUACUUUGCGAGCGACUUCAGCCAUGGCUGCUCGUCUGCAUACAGAGAAGAUCAGGGGGCUACUUAAAAACAUUAAGAGAUUUGUGCAAGAGGAGAAUGUUCUUGGUGUUCAGUAUGGCUACAGGAUGUGUUAAUGAGCACUGAUAGUACAAUUGAUCACAUUAUUGAAGCAUGUACAAUUGGACUUAUCGUGAAGGUCUCAAGCAUUUGGUUGGUGUAUGGAUGAACCAUCUAUAUAACGACAUAUUAAAAAAAAAAAAGUCAAGAGAAUGUAUGACCCAGCGAGUUUUAUUAUACAGACAUGCAUUUGCAAAUGUGGUGAUGCUUUGUUUCGACUACUUCAAAUGAAUAUACACUCCAGGGUUUUUUUUUGGUGUGUGAACGGAGGGUGGCGCUAUAACACAACUAGAAAUAGGCAGUCUGAGACAGGAGGACAGAGUUAGACAUAACACUUUUAUAUACAGACACAACCAGGCACAAAAUGUGGCUCCGUGAAGACAUUUUAAAGUCUAUAUGGCACGUUUUUACAGCCUUGGACGUGGACCAACGUGGUAAAGUGUCCAAGUCUCAGUUGAAGGUGCUGUCCCACAACCUGUGCACCAUCAUGAAGAUCCCUCAUGACCCUGUAGCUCUUGAAGAGCAUUUUAAAGAUGACGAUAAAGGGCCUCUGUCCAAACAGGGAUAUAUGCCCUACCUCAACACGUUUAUUAUUGACAAGGUCCGAGAGGAUUUUGAUGUGUUGGAGUUCAACCGGAUGUGCUGGACACUGUGUCACAAGAAAAAUAUCACCACCAAUAAUCUACUCAUCUCAAACUCUGAUGCUUUUAAAAUAUGGUGCAUCUUCAACUUCCUGUCUGAAGACAAGUACCCACUUGUUAUUGUACCCGAGGAGGUUGAGUACUUCCUGCAAAAGUUAACCGAGGCCAUGGGGAACAAAUGGAGCGAGGAGAAGUUCUCAGAUGCCAAUCUCCAGCUGAACAGGAGAAGCUGCUUGACCGCAUGGGAGAUGAUCCAACUGGUGGGAACAGGGACCUUCAGCAAGGGCAUGGACCGGCAGAGUUUGUCCAUGGGCAUCAACGAGGUCUUCCAGGAGCUCAUACUGGACGUGCUAAAGCAGGGCUACAUGAUGAAGAAGGGCCAUAAGAGGAAGAACUGGACAGAGCGCUGGUUUGUACUGCGACCCACUUCACUGUCCUACUAUGUUUGUGAAGAUCUUGUGGAUAUGAAAGGACAUAUCACUCUGGACCAAAGCUGUUGUGUGGAGUCUCUCCCAGACAAAGAAACAAAGAAAUGUCUCUUCAUCAUCAAGUGUCCUGAUAAAAGCUUGGAGAUCAGCGCAUCCGAUAAAAAAAAGAAACACGAUUGGAUUCAAGCUAUUCAAACUUGCAUCCAGCUGCUGAGGUUGGGGCUGGCGUCCCCUCACCGUGAGGCCAGGCUGAGGCGCAGGGAGCUCCGGCAGAAGCAGAUGGCGAAGGAAGAAGACCUGGUGGAAAGGAUGAAGAUGCUCCAGGCGGCCAACGAAAGCAACCAGAUGCAGCUGGAGGCCAUGUUGAAGAAAAUGAAGACGGUUGCAGCCGAAGUGGCAACAGAAGAAGAGAGGAGGAAGAAGUCUCAGUCAGAUCUCCAGGAUCGCCUCAGGCUGGACCUGGAAAGAGAGAAAAUGGUGCGUCAGCACAUGGAGGAGCAGGUGGCCCAAAAGUCCAGCCAACUGGAGCAGUACCUGCAGCGUGUACGGGAGAUGGAGGACAUGCACCAUCAACUGGAGGAAGCCUUGAAGAACGAGAGGCGGGCCAAACAGGAUGAAGAGGCUAUGCGCAAGCUGCAGGCCAGGCUGCUGGAAGAGGAGACCACCAGGAGGGCACAGCUGGAGCGUCUUCACCUUCAGCAGAAGAGGGCGCUGUGUCAGACGCGGGCCGAGAAGCAGGAGCUGGUGGCAGAGCCGCUGGCCCAGGAGGGAGACCUGCAGGCCGCCAUGCAGCAGCUGGAGAGAGUGGAGAGGCAGCGACACGGAGCUCUGCAGAAAUAUGAGGAAGUGUCAAGAACUCUGGAACGAGCUGCUUACCAGACCAAGAAAUGGAAAGACAAAGUAGCCAAACAUGAAGGACUGUUGCGUCUCAUCCAUCCAGGCGGCAAAGGUCCUGAUAGGGUCACCAACUGGGGACCCGCUUCAGUCACAGACGUGGAGCUGGAGAUGAGAAAGAAGUCAUGGCAGGAGAGGAAAAACACGCAAGCUCAAGCCCAGUGAAGCCAUCAUAGUACUCACCUUUGACCAGCGUCCUCUCUAGGAGUACAGCAGUCGGCUUUACUCUUACUUUGCGUUAUCGGUGCUAAACACAGUAGAGGAACCUCAGUUUGCAUUUUUAUGUUCCAAAAGAUCAGACAAAAAUGGAAAUGUAUGAAAAAAACCCAAGCAAUUUUAAAUUUUUUCCAAAAAUAUGAACACAAAACACAUUUAAGUGUAGAUAAUAUUUCAGUGAAGGCUGGUAUAUGCUUCAGCUUUUUUCUAUUGAUAUAUAAUUUGGUAUUAAAUUGGUCCAGACGAU